CAGGAAUUUCAAGAGCAGGCUGGGCAAGACAUCCCGUUGCGUAUAUCUGUAGCCUACACCCCCGAAACCACUCAGACAAUAUCCAAGUUGAUAGAUAUUGCUUUGCUGCUCAUGAGCUAUGGUAGCGUCGCGGAUGUUCCCAAUAAGUACCCCCUUUUCCAUUCUGAUGGAGAUUCAUGCUACGGGUGCGGCUUUCGAUCUUGUAUUGCAACACGGAGCAAAAUGGAAAGCACUAGAGCUUUCGAUACUCCUGGCGUCGAGCUCUUCGCCAUUCUUUCUUCGAGAGCCUGAAAGCGGUGAGAUGCAUCCGACAGAUAUUUUUCGAGAAUCUCCAUCAAGCUGGGGGCGCUUACUACACCUCAUUUCAAAAGGCUCUAGCUUGGAUAUCAGAAUGAUUGUUUGUUUGAAAACACUUCAUUUCUUGUGGAAUGUUCUUCUAUAUGAUACGAGACAUCGCUUUGGCGAGGCUUUAUCAGUGCUGUUGUCAACAGAUUUGAGCGUGGCGGCGUCAACGGGAAAGGAAUGGCUUGCUGGCGAUCCACACGAGUCAAAAGAAUGUUCUCGCCUGCUCUACCUUUCCAUCCGUGGUGCUCUUGUGCAUGCGAGUCCCUAUCGGUUGCUCACAGAUGUAUUCAGAGAUGCAUUCACGCCGUGCUACCGGUCCAACAAAAAGGAUGAUUUUCGAAACGGUAUCACUGCCGUGAUUGCUGAAAUGCUCCGGAUUGACAGGGACAUCUCAACAUUUUCCUAUGGAAUGGAAUCCCUCACUGAUUGUGCCGUGCGAUGGCGAUGUUUGGAUAUCUGGAAGCUUUCCUUGGAGAAAUCAAAAUGUCAGAUGUUUCCCCCGACCAUCUGGGAGAACAAUGCCCACUUCUACGAUCCGCUUGGAUUUGUAUCUCAUGAGCCAGGUGCAUCAGUUCGUGUUACAGGAGAUGCUGCUUCCGGAAAAUUCAUACUUGUUGUUGAUGAACGGACAUACCUCGAUGCACUCGUAAUCUCUGGCAACAAGAAGACAGAAUAUCCACGGGACCCCGAAAUCAAGAGUCUCACCAAAGGUUGGCCGUGCAUCGUAAAACUUCCACAGGUUCACUGCGAAGUCUAUCCUUCACGAUCUAUCAGUACGGAGCUUGCAACCGAUGAAGACCAGAGAACUGCAGAUCGAAAUGCCAACGGCAAGGCUCAAUAUAAUAUGCAUCCAACGGACGAUGGUGGUGUUGAGCUGUUCAUUGACUGCUGCGAGAUUGGCGAGCCCUGGGAAAGGCUCUAUACUAAAAAGUAUGCUGAAGUAAGGAGGGAAGCUCGAAGCGAAUUCCUGGGGGAUUUUGGCUUUGAAAUAUCUGAAGACGAAUUAAGCGAGUUGGACGUGGACGAAGAUGGCGGUGCUGCUUCCACCGGCUUGUUUUCGAAGAUCGCUGGAGUUGGGUUGGAUGUACUCUCUGCGCUUGUUUGAAGCUUGGGAGAGGAACCCUAUAGGGGCACCAUGUUGCCUCUGCAAUAGUGUCUAUUCUUGUGAGCAAGCUGGGCAUUGAAGCUUUAGCAAAGCUGCUACUGGGUUGCCUCACGGUGUGGCACAUUACAGCACCGGUUUCCUGAAUGUUGUCAGACUUCAUGGAAUGUUUAAAACAUGUGAAAUUCGAAAUUUCAAAGCUUCGCGGGGCAUUUGGAAAGUGGAGACUUGAAUAUCCUCAAACUACCCACAAAAUUGGGGAUUUGAGAGAUUUAAAU